AUGAAUAGGGGUGAUGUGCCAGCCUUUUCAAAUAUUUUGAAAAUCACCUGUCUCUAUAUCGCACAUUGCCUAAUUCCCGCUACGCUGCUCAUCGCAACAUCGAAACAGUCCAUUCUUCGGUAUCUUUCGAUUCCGUUUUCGAUCUUCAUCGCAUAUCAGGCCAUACAUGUGGCUUGUGCUCUGGGCCCGGGUUUCUUUUGGUGUGAACUCACUCGACUAUUCGUGACUAUCAUCUUCCAGUGCCUAAACUUGUUGCUCAUCAAUCCAAAAGAUAGCGGCGAUGUGCCGCCACACUCUGGCCAGGGUCUGGUGGCUCGCCUUUAUUACACCAUAAGCCUCUGCACCCAGCCUCGUGGAAUAAACACAUCCUGGCAGGUAAAGAAUGCCCCAUCACAACCAAAAUACUAUCAAAGAAGAGGUUGGAAUAAUCCUCCUCGAGGCCGCUUCUUGAUUCGGCAAAUAGCUAUCGCUAUUUGGCAAUAUUUGGCGCUGGAUGUCUUUGCCACCCUUGCGUUGCAACAAGCCUUGGAGCAAAAGAAGAAUGAGACGCUGCCUCCGGUGGUCCAAUGGGAUUUAUCAGUUGAACAAUGGAUCGAGCGAAUAAGCUCAAAUCUUAUAGCUGGAUUCGUCGUGAGUCGGAUCUUGAUCGACUUUCACCAUCGUGCGUUUUCCAUCAUCGCUGUGGGAAUCGGGCUCGAUUCCCCUUCAAAUUGCCCUCCUUUGUUUGGAAGGGCAGCAGAUGCCCAUACAUUACGGGGAUUCUGGGGGAAAUUCUGGCACCAGCUACUGCGACAACCUCUCACCUCCGUCAGCGCCUUCAUUACUCGGGUACUGGGUAUCCCGUCAGGCUCUUCAGCAGAGCAGUACACAAAUGUUUUCAUGAUCUUCUUUUUCUCAGGCGGGCUGCAUCUCGCGAUCGAUACUGUGCAGGGGAUCCCGACAGAAGAGUCUGGUGCCAUGCUUUUUUUCACCAUAGCCCCAUUGGGUCUCAUAAUUGAAGACGGUAUCAAAGCACUUUGGAGAUUUUCUGGGAAAUCGAGUGACGCGAAAAAGGAGAGCAAGAAAAGUCCAUCGCCACUAUGGCAGAAAGCACUUGGCUUCCUCUGGACUUCGGCUUGGCUGGGUAUCACAUCGACUUGGUACUUUUACCCGCAGAUUCUGAGACCGCAGAACCAGGCUCUGGUUCCUUAUAGUGUAGCUAGCCAGACUGGGCUGCCUGUAAUGGGGUUGGUGGUGGUUGUUGGUGGCUCCAUUGUUGCGUUUGUCUUCGAGGCUGAGAUUUGA